GCUGUAACUGGGUAUCUCGUCACCAGAAACGAAAUGAAUAACUCAACGUACAUCAACUCCUCCACCGAAAAUGUGAUGGCUUUGGAGAGCCCCUACAAAACRGUGGAGGUGGUGUUCAUCGUGCUGGUGGCAGGGUCCCUCAGCCUGGUCACCAUCAUYGGCAACAUCCUGGUGAUGGUGUCCAUCAAAGUCAACAGGCACCUGCAGACUGUCAACAACUAUUUCCURUUCAGCCUGGCCUGCGCUGACCUGAUCAUCGGCAUCUUCUCCAUGAACCUCUACACCCUCUACACUGUGAUUGGCUACUGGCCCUUGGGGCCCGUGGUGUGCGACCUCUGGCUGGCUCUGGACUACGUGGUCAGCAACGCCUCCGUCAUGAACCUGCUYAUCAUCAGCUUUGACAGAUAUUUUUGUGUCACCAAGCCGCUGACGUACCCGGUGAAGCGCACCACCAAGAUGGCAGGCAUGAUGAUCGCAGCGGCCUGGGUGCUGUCCUUCAUCCUCUGGGCCCCCGCCAUCCUCUUCUGGCARUUCAUCGUGGGAGGAAGGACUGUCCCCGAUGGGGAUUGCUACAUCCAGUUUUUUUCCAACCCUGCCGUCACUUUUGGCACUGCCAUCGCAGCCUUCUAUUUGCCCGUUAUCAUCAUGACUGUGCUUUACUGGCAGAUCUCCCGAGCCAGUAAGAGUCGGAUAAAGAAAGGGAAAAAGGAAGCCGCCCAAAACCAAGAAACRGUUUCCCCCAGCCUCGUGCAAGGUAAAAUAGUGAAACCCAACAACAACAACAUCCCGAGCAGCGGAGAAGGGCUGGAGCACAGCAAAAUUCAGAAUGGAAAAACCAGCGGAGAGACUGUGGCUGAUAACAGCGUUCAGGGGGAGAAGGAGAGCUCCAACGACUCCACCUCCGUCAGCGUGGUCGCUCCCAACUUGAAAGAGGACGAAGCCACCAAAGAUGCCAGACAGGCUUCYGCCUCCCAAGACCAAAUCAAAGCAGAGAACUCCAAGCUGACRUGCAUCAGGAUAGUCACCAAGUCCCAAAAGGGGGACUGCUGUGCCCCUACCAACACCACCGUGGAGAUCGUGGGCACAAACGGGGAGGAGAAGCAGAACAGCGUCGCCCGGAAGAUCGUCAAGAUGACAAAGCAGCCCGCCAAAAAGAAACCGCCCCCCUCCAGAGAGAAAAAAGUGACGAGGACGAUUUUGGCCAUCCUGCUGGCCUUCAUCAUCACCUGGACCCCGUACAAUGUGAUGGUGCUCAUCAACAGCUUCUGCACAUCCUGCAUCCCCAACACGGUGUGGACCAUAGGAUAUUGGCUCUGUUACAUCAACAGCACCAUCAACCCCGCCUGCUACGCCCUCUGCAAUGCCACUUUCAAGAAGACCUUUAAGCACCUCCUCAUGUGCCAUUACAAGAAUAUAGGAGCUAUGAGGUAAAAACAGUAGUGGAAAUAAUGGUAGAAAGGGUGAAGGAGUUCCAAAUAAAAUCAAAAAAACCCCAAUGCUAUAGCACUUUAUGCUCUUCUAUGGAAUGUGCAAUCCAGGAUGUUGGUGGAAAUGCUGGUAAGGGGCAUCAGCUGUACCCCUGAGGACUAUACUGACAAACAUACUUUUAAUAAAUUAAAAUAAAUAUUUAGAGUGUGGGGAUGUUUGAGAAAUUAUUCAAGGGUGUGGACUGGAGGCACAGUUCCUUACUUUCUGAGAGUAUUCUGCAGAAGGGCUUUAAAGUCUAUGAUUUUUGAUCAUUCUGURUAAAAUACUUGUUCUUUCAUUCUCUUUUCCUUUUUUGUUUUCUCCUGUGUGUGUUUAAUACAUCUUCACAUAGGGAUAAAUUCCACCAAUUUUAAUAAUAACUGUGUGGAAGAAGCAUGGAAGUUUGGAAGAUCACUGCAUAAUCCAAAUCAGUUGUGGCAGAAAUUUUCUAAAGCUCAAAGUUGUCUAAAUCUGUUUUGCCACUGUCAUGUAAGAUGCUUAUUGUUAGCUAAAUCGUGCUGAAAGUUGGUUUUGUUUUUUUUUUUAAUGUUGUUUAUGACACCACCAUUGCCCAAACUGCGUCAAUUCUGAAAGUUUCUUACACUGGACAUGUGAUCAUUGUGUAUCAUUCGAGGUGUGUCACCUGUCCCCUCCCAGGGGCCUUUGUUCUCUGACAACUUCAUCGUGUCAGGAUCGAGGUGAAAAGACCUGGACUCGUCCAGAUUGCUGUGUGCCAAGGCUUCUUCAGCAUCCGUGCAAACCAAAGCUUUUGACUCGAUUUUGUUCACUCUGUUCGUCACGUAACAUCGACCUGUGGAUUUGUCUUUUACCUCCAUCAGCUUUUUCUUCCUUUUUGUACCUUACUUUUCCAGGGUAAGGCUGAACACCAAAAGUUGUAAAUUCAAAGGUCUCGUCCAGUCAGCCACCRUGGUGGCCAAACAAAGGGUCUCAGCUGAAGAGUAGAAACAGGAUUAUUACUAGGAAGAUGAAAGGUUACAUCCUUUUAAAGUGGGAUGUACAGAUAAAGAGGUAUGUCGAGGCUUCACAGAAUGAAUAAUUAAUAUUAGAUGCUCUUGACCUGUCAAAAGAAAAUUAAUUUAUUUAGUAAAAGAAUAAGAGAGACUAUCAUACCCACCUGGAUCAAGGUCUGCUAAGCCCUUGGUGUGAAACUGGGGUCCUUUCUGGGUCAAUCCUGGACAAGAUGUUUACUUUUUGGAAAGGGUAUUGGUCACAUUGCUUGGGUGACAUAUUUUGACUGUAAGCCAAGGGAUAACACUAAUAAAAAGGCAGAGAGGAAAACUGGGAUUAUAGAAAACCAGAUACUGAAAUGGUCUGGAUGGGAGUUUGGCAAGGGUUAAGUCCAAAUAUUUUCUGCUGCUCCACACUAGGUGAAAUUUGGAUUAUUUCUGCCUGCAAAGAAUUUAGUAUUCCAACAUUUGAUACUUACUGUAGCAAAACUAAGCAUUUUGUGGACAGGUCAAAGGGUAUCAGGUUACAGCAAACAAAGAUUGUCUGUAAGU